AAAAAAAAAGGUAAAAAUCCACAUGUACCUUAUUACAAUUUAAUUGUAAGGCACCAACAUACCAGUGACGCAACUGAAGAAGUAUAACUCUAGGAGCAAAUAGUGACAUUUUCGCCACAUUUUUAUAAUAUAACCAUAUAACGUAACCUCAAAAACUAACUCGAUAUUUUUGUGUAAAGGUUUUGUUUUAUGUCGGAUAAAUUACUUUGUGAAUAAUGACCGAUUUUGGAAGCGAUUCAUUUGGUUCUAAUUCAGACUCUUCUAAAACAGACAAAGAACUUCAACAAUUUUUAAUGGUUGAAAAACAGAAAGCCCAAUUUAACGCACAGAUUCACGAAUUUAAUGACUUCUGUUGGGAUAAAUGUGUUGAUAAACCAUCAAGUAAACUGGACAGUAAGACUGAAACUUGUUUAGUAAACUGUGUAGACCGUUUUAUUGAUGUAUCCCUUUUGAUUACAAAUAGGUUUGCCCAAUUAUUACAGAAACAUGGAUAAUUAUACUGUCUACCUUGUAGGUUCUUAAAAGUUCAUUUAGUUGUAAUUAUUUGUUUAACCUAAUACACUUCACUAAAAUUAAA